UAGAGGUGAAGAGAGUGUAACCAGUAGAAGUUGUCAAUGGAGGCCGGAAUCACAAUGAAACAGUGAGCCUUGUGAAAUUAAGGACGUGGUGAUUGUGAAAGGUAAGCCUCCCUCAAAUAAGAAAAAGAGAGAAGAUACACAUGGCUUCACAAUAUUGAUUUUGACCUACGAAACUCACAAGACAGCAAGACCAAGUCAAUAAAGAACAUUUUAACAUUCAUAAAAUCGUUGAGCACUUUAGAGUCGCAGAAGGAAAAAUCUUCAGGCAUUCCUGUUAUCUUACCACUCCUACAAAAGCUAUACAUGUCCAGCGAAACUAUACAAGAUCACGCCAGUGAUAAUUUACCUCGCAAUAUCGCAUAUGUGAAAUCAAGUAAACACCAAGGAAUCAUGAAAGAGAAGGUUGCAUGAUGAAUACCUCAAGAAAAACAAAGCAAUAACACCAGAGAAUUUUAAAGAAGCACUUAUGUGUACAGAUCAUGAAAUAGAGAAGGUUGAUAAAAUGACCAUGUCACAGUGGAAGAAAUGUGAAGAAUGGCACACACAUAAGGUAGGAUUUAUUUCUGCAUCUAAAUGCAAAGACGUUUUUACAAGUCAAACAACACUUAAAAAAAGCACUAAUACACCUGCUACUAAACUAGCUAAGUCAAUUACUACCUGCCACUAUGAUGAAAAAUUGUCAAAGAGUCCACUUAAUGAGCCACAGAAUCCAAGAGAUUGGGGACUCAAGCAUGAGACUUCUGCAAGGGAGUCUUAUCUUCGUGUUCAAAAACACUUGCAUCACAAAGUGAAAUUGAUCAGCAGAGGUUUUGUGAUUUCAACGAUUUUUGUGAUUUCAUUUAUGGGAGCAAGCGUAGACGAUAUUCGAAGUAAUUGUGAAUGUGCUGACAACUGCCAAAUCGUCAUUGUUGAGUUCAAGUCCCAAUGGCUUCACAGAGAUCUGGAUCCAAAAGAAGCCUUUUUAACCAAAGAAAUCGGUAAAUGUGAAAUUGGAAAUACAUUCCGACUUAAUUUAAAAUAAAUGCAAAAUAUUUCUACCAGAUCCAAAUGCAAAUGUUUGUGUUAGGUCUAAAGUCAUGUGAUUUUGUUGUUUGGACUACAAAAGGAAGCAAGAAUAUAGAAAUUCCAUACGAUUCAUGAUUUAUGGAAGCAGUAUGUAUUAAGUUGGAGAAAUUCUGGAAAAAUUAUAAUCAUAAUAACAAUUAUAAUUAUAAUUAUAUAUAUACUUUAUAAAAUCAACUUUCUGGAUUUUACAGGAAAUAGAUCUGUAUGAAAAUGAUCUUGCCCUUCACACACAGAAGAAACAUUUUUGGUACAUCAGAGAGGAAGCCCAUCACGAAAGAGUUGAUGUUGAGAAAUAUUGGAAGACAUUGCAUGCCCUUCAUGUUAUGAGACAUAAAACAUUGUAA